AUGAGUCGCGCUGGAAGUCGUUAUCACGACUAUAGCGACGACGAGUCGCUGGCGUCCACGGGCAUCGACAUCCGUGUCCAUCGGGCGCCGCCUCCCGGCAUGGUCCGUCCCCCUCCCAGGUCGCCUUCGCCCGAUCGCAACCGUGGCCCUACCUACAUCCAGUCCGUAUCCCGAUCCGACUUUGGCGGCCCGUCCAGGGAACGUCCCUACUGGGAACAACAACGUGGUCCUUCUGUGGUCAAUGAGCGCACCCUCGUGGCUACCCAUACCCACCAGAGCCGCUCGCGGUCGCGCGCAGGAUCGCGUGAGCGCCGCUCAACUCCCCCCGGUAUGGUCAUGCCAGCACCCCCUUCUCCUGCGAACAAGGCAGCACCGGUUGUAGUCCAGAACAUCAUCCGCCGCGGUCAUCACAGCUCCUCUGAGUCCUCGUCCGACUCGGAAUCCGAGUUCCAUGUCCACGCCGGCUUCAGCAAGCGGGGCCGCAAGACUCACAGCCGUGCACACAGCCGUGCCAGCCGCCGGUCGUCGAGCGGCGAGAGCAACUUUGAUGAAGUCCACACCAAGAUUGAACUGGAGAGAAUGAGGGCCGAGCUCGCGGCCGUGAGGGCUGCCAAUGAAGAGAAGAAGCAAAGUCUCACUCAGGAGAAGUAUCACGAAGAUGAGAUCGAGCUGAUCAGGGCCCGGGACAAGUUGGCGGCAAUCAGAUUUGAGGAGGAGCGGAGCAGGUCCGCUCACGACCAAGAAAAGUCACUUCGCCUGCGUGAUGCCGAGUCCAAGCUUGAGCGCCUCGAGCGUGCCGCCGAGGAAAAGCGCUUCCAGGCCGAGCACGACAGGGAUGUCGACUACCACCAGACCAAGCUCCAGCUCGAGCUGAUCCGGCGCAAGGACGACGAGGACCGCCAGCAGGGCCAUAUCAAGGAACAGCAAUCGCUCCACGAAGCCAAGUUCCAGCUGGACCUCAUCCGACGCAAGGAGGAGGAGCGCCGCAUGCAAGAGCAGCACGAGGAGCACGAUAAGCUCUACGAAGCCAAGGUGCAUCUUGAUCUCAUGAGGCGCAAGGAGGAAGAGGAGCGCCAGCGCGACAAGUACAAGGAACACGACGAGCUGGUGCACUCCAAGUUCCAGCUUGACCUCGUUAAGCGCAAAGAGGAAGAGGCGCGCCACAUGGAAGAGGAGAAGAGAAAGGAGGCGACCUACGAGAAGCAGCAGCAGCUCGCGCAAGCUAAGUACGAGCUCGACAUGAUCAAGCGGCGCGAGGAAGAGCGCCGCCGCGAGGAAGAAGAGCACCGCCGCGAGAUGGAGUACGAGAAGCAGCACCAGCUGCACGAGGCCAAGUUCCACCUGGACAUGAUCCGGCGGCAGGAGGAGGAGCGGCGCCGGGCCGCGGCCCGCGAGGAGGAAGAAAAGCUCCUCCGCGCCAAGGAGAAGCUUGAGCGGCUGGAGCGCGAGGAGGCCGAGGAGCGCAAGCAGAAGAAGCUCCAGGAGGAGAUCGAGCUGCGCAAGGCCAAGGAGGAGCUCGAUCGCAUCCGCAAGGAGAAGGAGAAGAAGGAAGAAGAGGAGCGCCUGCGUCGCGAGUACGAGCUCAAGCGGCUUGAGGAGGAGAGGAAGGCCGAAGAGGAACGCAAGCGUAAGCAGGCGGAGGAGGAGGCGGCCGUGGCCCGCUGGAAGGCCAAGGAGGCCGAGCGCCUGGCCAAGGAGAAGGAGGAGAAGGAGCGGAUGGAGAAGGAGUACCAGCGCCGUCUGCAGGAGGAUCUGAUCAACUCUGGUCUGGACGAGAAGGCCAUCGCGGCCAUCCUCAAGAAGGAGAAGAUCAAGAAGGGCAAGAAGGGCAGCGAUAGCGACAGCGACAGCGAGAGGGAGGAGAGGAAGCAAGGGCAGAUUGCCCGUCCCACCUACACUCGCAUGUCGCUGCGCCAUCUUGACGUUGAGACCCUUUACCACUUUAAGAUCGAUUUCGAAUAUGAUGCUGAACCAGGCUACGUCCUAAUCAAGCGCUGGGUGCCCGAAUGGGAGCAACAGCAACUGUGGGACCACACGCGUCAGAUCCGCACCGUCGUCACCAAGGAGGUAUCUGAGACGCUGGUCAUCAAGGACAAGCGCGACAAGCACCGCGAUCGCUCGCACUCGCGCCAUCACAGCCACAGCCACUCGAGCAGCAGCCACCAUCGCCACAGCAGCCACCUUGACGACGACCAGUUUGAGUUUGUGCGCAAGAAGAGCAGCACGAGACAUCGCAGCAAGAGUCCCAGUUUGUUGAUGUAUUUGGCUGGUGGUAGGCCUUCAUGA